CUAUUUAAAAACAGUUGCCCCCCCCCCCCAAGUUUUGGGGCUACUAAGAAUUGGUGCAGAGCGCUGGGACUGGACUGGAGGAGUGGUUGGGGAAGGAAAACUUACCCGGGCUUGGUGUCUGUGUUUUGUUUGUUUUUGCAAAGGGAUGUGGCUCUCAAGUUGAUGUUUGCUCCAGCAUCAAACCUCAGAAGAGUCGUCUCACUCGCUGCCUCCGCCCUUUACUCGUGUGCCUGUAUGCGUUUUCUUUGUUCUUUUUGGCAAAGGAGUGGCUGAAGUAAAGAACUCCGCACUGCGUGUUGAAUAGACUGUCAUUCAAGAACUAGUGAAGUCAGGUUCCUAUAAACAGCUCAGAACUUGUGGCAGUGCUUGGGGGAAAUAGAGACAUACACUCGGGGAGAGAGGGAGUCUCAGAGGUGAUGGGGUUCAGCUCCUGGACCAAGCCCUGGUUGUACCUGUCUGGGGACAUCCCUGGGGUUGGGGGACUCCAUGUUCUGAGAACGUGUCUGUUUGCAACUCCAGUUGUCAGAAAGCUUUUGUGUGUGUUUAGUAUAAACUGUCUCCACCCAACAAGUGUUCCAUUGGUCUGGCAUUAUCAGGCCCGUGAACAGUGUAUACAUGGCAGCCUUUCAAGUAUUUUGAAAAUAUCCCUUUGCAUUCCUUGUAAGAGUUCUGGGUUUCAAGACAAGAAGUCUCAGUUUCUUCCAUUACUCUGCGGAAGGAGUGGUUUUGGGUCCGCCCCAGCUCAUCUUCCACGUGAAUUACUUUGUCCAUAUUCUUGAGAAGUGACAUUCAGGUUGGAGCAUGGCCCUCCAUGUAUAAUCUGACAAACCCAGCGUAGACUGGAAUGGUGACCCCCAUUAUCACAGCUUCAUGUUGUCUUGACCCGGCCAUAGUCACAGCCUCAUUAGCUGUCAAUCAUGAGACCUUUCCAUGGCUGCUGCUGCCCAGCCAUCUUCCUCACUGCACCCUGGCAGUCAGUUUUGGAAGGAGGUUGUCCUGUUAGGCUGUGAUCAGUUACUGUGAGUAGUGAAUUAUAUUAAGGAUUGCAAAGUAUAAUCAAUCAAGUGCAGCGUCCAAACAAUGAUCUGCCAUUGCUUUGAAAAAUUGGAUUUGAUGGGAUUAUAGAUCUAGGUUUGGUUUGGCGAGGGUAACUUUGAACCUGUUAUUGGUGUUUUUGGUGGCUUGACUGAGCACAUCGGUGGUCAGUACUAAGCAGUGGUUAUUUCCAGUGUGAGGUAGUGUUAGAUUACCAGGCAAAGUUAAUAUGUGUUAGACCCUGCAGAUGGUCACAUGCAUCCUAGCAGUGGCAACAGAUAGGGUUACCCCAUAGUUAUUUAGUCUGUCAUUUGGGACAAAGAUGAUCAAUGUGUUAUAUGGUAAAGAAUGUUGCUCCCUUGAGAAUUUUUAAAAGCUGCAUUUGCUGUUGGGUAAAGAAAAUAGGCCUUUGGCCAGAUAGUCCUGUGUUUGAAUUCCAGCCUUCUCCUCACACGUUGGUGUGUGAUCAUGAGCAAAAUGACUGCUCUGUCCAAAUUUGCCUCAUAACGUUGUGAAGCCAAAAUGAAGUUGUGACUGGCAGGUGGUGCCUGUAAAAAAGUUGUAGCUAUUUUUGCAAAAAGCUAGCCUUUGCAUGUGUCAUAAACUUUCAAAGUGAGGCAAAGUGGAAAGUAAGUGAAAGGUACUCAGUAGAAAAUGAAACGUGUCCAGUAUCAAGUUUGUGUCUGCCUUCUGAAGAUAGAAUGAUGGUAUUGAGACGGAAGGACAGAAGAUUGUAUACAGGCUUCUGGGGGAAGAGAUGGGUUUCAGAUCCACCGUGGAGUAUAGAUACGUGGUUGUCGGCUUUUUCCUAAAUAGAUGGUGAGGCAGCCAAACACAACUCCACUUUUAACCAGUGACCCAAAUUUUAAGAUGACUGUCCUAGACCAGGGAUGUAGACUUGAGCGUCAGAACUACGUGGCUUAUCCAAGAUUAAACUUGACCUCGUUAGUGCUUUUUCCCACCCAGCUAAAUUAACUGUCCAUGGACCAUAAUCUCACAAGGACUCUGAAACAACAACUUAAAAUGGGAGUGAAAAUCGAAUAAUUGGACCAUCCUAGUGAUUUGAAAAGCCUAUUCAGCUCUAAGAUCUUGAUGAUGAAGUGUUGCCUGCGUGACCGUGAAGAUGGGAGGUGCCGUGAGUGCCGGGGAAGACAACGAUGAGCUGAUAGACAACCUGAAGGAAGCACAGUACAUCCGCACGGAAUUGGUAGAGCAGGCUUUCCGGGCUAUCGAUCGCGCAGAUUAUUAUCUUGAAGAAUUUAAAGAAAAUGCUUAUAAAGACUUGGCGUGGAAGCAUGGCAACAUCCACCUCUCGGCCCCAUGCAUCUACUCCGAGGUGAUGGAAGCCCUGGACCUGCAGCCCGGGCUCUCGUUCUUGAACCUGGGCAGUGGCACUGGCUACCUCAGCUCCAUGGUGGGGCUCAUUCUAGGUCCUUUUGGUGUGAACCACGGGGUGGAGCUGCACUCGGAUGUGAUCGAGUACGCGAAGCAGAAGCUGGACUUCUUCAUCAGGACCAGCGACAGCUUCGACAAGUUUGACUUCUGUGAACCUUCCUUUGUUACUGGCAAUUGCCUGGAAAUUUCUCCAGAUUGUUCUCAGUAUGAUCGGGUGUACUGUGGGGCUGGUGUGCAGAAAGAGCAUGAAGAGUACAUGAAGAAUCUUCUCAAAGUAGGGGGGAUCCUUGUCAUGCCGCUGGAAGAGAAGUUGACUAAGAUAACGCGUACUGGUCCUUCUGCUUGGGAAACCAAAAAGAUCCUGGCUGUUUCUUUUGCUCCUCUGAUUCAGCCCUGCCACUCAGAGUCAGGAAAAUCAAGACUUGUCCAGUUACCACCACUGGCAGUUCGCAGCCUCCAGGACCUGGCUCGCAUCGCCAUCCGGGGCACCAUUAAAAAGAUCAUUCAUCAAGAAACAGUGAGCAAAAGUGGAAAUGGACUGAAGAACACUCCCAGGUUUAAACGGAGGAGAGUUCGCCGCCGUCGAAUGGAAACGAUUGUCUUUUUGGACAAAGAGGUCUUUGCCAGUCGGAUUUCCAACCCCUCUGAUGACAAUAGCUUGGAAGACUUGGAAGAGGAACGGCAGGACGAAGAGGAGAAAACCCUGCCUGAAACAAAGCCAGACCCCCCGGUGAACUUCCUACGAGAGAAGGUCCUGAGCCUCCCUCUGCCAGAUCCCCUGAAAUACUACUUGCUUUAUUACAGAGAAAAAUAAGUCUGUGGGAACAGGGAAAGGCAGCAGAGCCAACUGCUGAGCCCGAUGUCUGCCUUUGAGGGUUGCCUGGAGCAGAUGUGAUGGGCAAGGAAAGCCCUCUACUCUCUACAUUUCUUUUUCUAGUUUGUUUUCGAUCGUCCUCUAGAAUUUCUUUCAGUGCCGUGAUUUCUUUAUACAUAAUCUGACAAAUGUAAAGUGUGUGGGAGAGAGUUUUCUCAGAAGGGAGAGAAUCUCCUAGAGAAGGUGUUUGCUUUACCUCCCAGGAAACACUGAGGUCUGCACAAGGAGACUGCUUGUGGCUGUUUCUCACAGGGUACAGUCUGCGUUAAAGGUGAACACUGAAAUUGAAGUGAACCUGUGUUUCUUGUGCAGUGUGAAACAAAGCACAAGUCUGUAGGUGUAUGAAAUCUUUUCUGGGUGUGAUACACUGACAUCCAAGUUUGAAUUUUACCAUAUCAACCUCUUAAUUACUGGCCCUGAGUUUCACUAAACCUUUUAGUUUUCUAGAGGAGGGGAAACGUGAUUGAGAAGCCCUCUCUUAUUUUAAGGAAAUUAAUUAAAUCUUAUGUGAGUUGUCAAUUGCAAUUUUAAAAAGAAAAAUUUUGAUGAGGGAGGAGGAAUGAAAGUAAGAUGUCUUUCUGGAAUUACGAAAGAAUUCCGGGGAAUCUUUUCCUGACACCUUCUGUUAACCUUUAAAAGAACCAAUGUCAAAAAGAACCAAUCGCUUAAAAGAAUAUCCUGAAGAAUGAAGCAAGGGUUGUGUGCUACGUGAUUUCUACCACAACGACAGGGGCGAUUGUUGACCCACCCUUGGGUGCAGUAAUGGGUGUCUAAGGUGUUGACAUGCUUGGUCCUCAGAGCAGGCGGAAAGUAUUAAGACCUCAGGAAGUAGAUUGGGAGUAUGUUAUAGACAGCCUCGGCUUUUUUUUACUUCAGUUGGCUAUUUUUCUGUAAUCACAUUAGAGUACUGAAUCAUAGAUUUUAUCUUUUAUAAUUCUGGAGAAAAAAAUUUGUUAGUUUUGUAAUUUUCUUAACAAAUAUAUGUAUUUUAGUAGCUGCAUUGCAUUAAAACAAUUUAACUCUCAGUGACCUGUGAUGUUCUCCAGGCGUUGUGUGUUGAGAGCUCUGUCUUUAUCAGGUUAUGGGUCUAGAAGAAAAGGCAAUCCUGGCAGUGAGAUGGCAUUUCUUAUUCCAAAAUGUUGCUUCUUUUCAGACUUUUUUUUUUUUUUACCCAAAGGAAAGAAUAGUAUAAGAUAUUAACAAUAAACCCAAGCUCAGAGGGCAGAUGUAGGGUUACGCAUCCAGAGUUCAUGAUGAGCCUCUUGGGAGUUGUGGGGUUCAUUGUCUGUGGUUUUACCAGCUUAACUGAGUUCUGCUUUUUUUUUUUUUUCCUUUUCUGCUUUUUUUAGUAACUGAAUCAUUUUUAUCACAGGAUGCUGUGUGUAUGCAUAGCUGGGAAAACGUAUAUUGCCCUAGAUUUGUAAAUUUAAGAUAUUGUAAAGAAGGUUACUUCAUAGUUGUGUUUAUCUGCCUUUUAACUCAAAGUUCAGCAUCAUUCUUUCAGAGAGAAACGCAUGAUUUAUGUCCUUGCUAACAUUUCAUAGUUUGCAGAUCCUUUUUGACAUUAUUCUAAUUGGUAUGUAGAGACCUCUGCAAUACAUGGACGUUUUUGGAUAUAAUAUUAAAUGAUAUCUGUGAAAUCUGUUAUAUUAGGUGGCUUGACUAAAUUUUUUUUUCCCUAUAUAUAUAUUGUAUAUGGACUUCAUGUUUUUUUAAACCACAUUUGCCUUUAUGCUAGAUUGUAAAAACUUGUUAUAAUGCAUAGGACGUGUUGUUCCCUAUAUAUGUUAAACCUUUCCUAACAUUUUGUAUUUACCUGUUCUCAGUUUGUGAUUUUUAAACCAGAAUUUGGUUAAAAAUAUAUAUAGGUAUAAUAUAUGUGAAAUAGUUUGGUGUUUGUUAAAAAUAAAGGAGAAUUGCAACUGA